AUGAAUAACUCGAAUGAAUCCUUGAGGAGCAAUAUGCAUGAACUUGCUAGUGAAAAGGAUCUUCUUCACAUUGAGAUGCUUAAGUUGAAGGAAAAGCUCGAAAGAGAACAAGCACGAGCGGAUGAAAUUGAAGCAAUUGCAAAUGAAGCUCAAGAGAUAGCUGAAUUAAGAAAGAACUAUGCCGACGACAAAGAGGCAGAGGUGAAGCUCUUAGAGAGGUCUGUUGAGGAGCUUGAACGUACUGUAGAUGUGCUGGAAAACAAGGUUGAUAUUGUUAAGGGAGAAGCUGAACGACAACGGCUGCAUGGAGAAGAGCUUGAAUUGGAACUUCAUGCUGUGAAACAUCAGAUGCAGAAUGUUGAAAAUGCUAAUGCUGACAUGAAGAGAUAUUUAGAUGAGAAAGAGAAAAGCCUUCAAGAAGCCCUACAGAACAUACAAAUACUUGAGAAGGAUAUAGCUGAGAAGGAUGCAGAGAUUGCCCAAUUUAAAGCACAUAUCUCUGAGCUGAAUUUGCAUGCAGAAGCACAGGCUUGUGAGUACAAGCAGAAGUUUAAGGCAUUGGAAUCCAUGGCUGAACAAGUCAGACCUGAAGGCCAUUCCACUCAUGCCACAAGUUCAUCAAACAAGUCAGAGAAACAUGCCACAAAGUCUAGAGGCUCUGGUUCCCCAUUUAAAUGCAUUGGCUUGGGCUUGGCACAACAGAUAAAAUCUGAGAAGGAUGAAGAACUUACAACCUCAAGGGUCCGCAUUGAAGAGCUUGAAUCCUUAGCAUUAAGUCGACAGAAAGAGAUAUUUACUUUGAAUUCCAAAUUGGCUGCUGCUGAAAGCAUGACCCAUGAUGUAAUUCGGGACUUACUGGGAGUCAAGUUGGAUAUGACCACUUACGUGUCACUAUUGGAUAAUCAACAAGUGCAGAAAAUAACAGAGAAGGCCCGGUUUCAUAGUGUGGAAUCCGAAGAAAAGGAACAGGAGGUAGUUAAGCUGAAAAAACAGCUGAAUGAAUUCAUUCAGGAAAGACAAGGGUGGCUCGAGGAAAUUGACCGAAAACAGGCUGAACUCAUAGCUGUGCAAAUUGCUUUGGAAAAACUUAGGCAGCGAGAUCAGUUUCUAAAAACUGAAAAUGAAAUGCUGAAGGUGGAGAACGUAAAUCAUAAAAAGAAGGUGAUGGAACUUGAAGGGGAAGUAAAUAAGCUGUCUGGUCAGCAAAACCUCCAGCAGCGGAUUCAUCAUCAUGCAAAAAUCAAGGAAGAAAAUCACAAGCUAAAAGUUCAGAAUGAAGAACUAAGCACUAAGCUCCGGCGGACAGAAGUUAUUCUUUCACGUGUCAAGGAAGAGCUUGCUCGCUUUCGUGCUUCCUGUGGGAGGAAUCCUUAUGUUGAUUUUGAUGAAGAGCAACGAUUGAGUGCCAAAUGA